AUGUCCAGUCCACUGCAGAAAGUGGUGGCACAGAAGAAGGAGGCAAUUGAGGCUAUGAUGGAGGUUUUUGAGAAAGCAGCAGAGGUCUUGGCUUCUGCUGUGGGGGAGCUCUUUCCACUGUUCGAAGCUGCUGCUCCAGUCGUGAGACUAGCUUUAGACAAUGUAGAAAGCAAAGAAAUCAUCUACAUUAAGGAACAAUUCGUAGUUGUAAAGAAUAGGCUUGAUGUAAUCUCAUCUGAGCUGGAGGACAUAAAUCUCGAAAUAAAGAAGGCUCGUGUGGAUUCCCAGUACUUCACAGCUGAGGAGAACAUAAGAAACCAGUUCCGCAAAUAUCUUGACGUUUUGGAAGCCAAGCCACAGUUCCGGGAUGUCAAAAUCCGUUUAUUCAAGGACCAUUUUCAAAAGACAGGAGGCGAUAAAAAUCUCUACGUGCUGUAUGAUGCUGUGAUGGGAAGUAACACUUUUGGAGAGUCAAUCCUGAAUGUGGUGGAAAGACAUGAAGCAAGGAAUAGAAGGGUUCUAGAAGACUUCUGUGUGCGAAUGAAACAGCUUUUCUGCCUGGGCUUGAUUGCCAUGCUAGGUCACUGUGCCCUUGAACUGGGAGAGGAGGCAGACCAGGAGACAUUUUCUGAGUGGAGCGUAAAGAUGCAAGAGGUGGAAACCAAGAUGAAGGUGGUCAUUGAGGAAUGUGUAAACUCAUUUGCCGAGCAAGCUUGCGAGGAUGUCAAAAGGUUGAUCCAAGAGAAAGAGAGUGGAAGUCUCCAAGACACAGCCCAAGAACUGCUGAAUUUUCUGGAGAGAAAGUAUGAUUGGGUCAAGUGGUCUGUCCGUGUCAUCAACCAAUCAGGAACUUCUGGUCUAAGGUUGAAAGCUGUAGAAAACUUCCAGUAUAUUACAGGACAGAAUUAUUUUGAGGUGCUACAGGUGAACAACUCCAAUGUUGUUGUGUCCUACUGUAGCAAUCCGCAGCCCCUUGAUAAGGAGACCAUCCAGCAGCUGAUGAACGGUCCUGUCAAGAAAGAAAAUCCCAAAGCUGCAGUCGAGAUACUUGAAAAAGAAUUAAGUGGGUUUGUGGUCCAUGCAAUCAGUCAUCGUAAGCAAAGCUUUGCAUCGUGGAACUUUCCAGAACAGUGCCAUUACUGGGAAAAACAUAAGAAGGUGUCACUCUGUGUGCAUUCGGAAUAGAGUGGUCAAAAAAGAUACAGCUAGAUUUCUUGUAAAUUAAAAAUGAGUACCCCCAUAAGCCAUUUUAAAACAUAUAUCAUUCAGUAAUAUAUGACUGCAUAUUCUAUCUCAAUGGCUACAUAUAUUCAGCAAUUUAUCUAUAUUGUACUAAUAACUUGUCUAAUCUUAACCCAGGAGUGCCUACAUUCAGUAAGGCUGAGUUCUAAACACCUUAUUUAUAAACCUUAAUCCCAAAGAAGUUGGGACAAUGUUCAAAAUGCUAAUAAAAACAUUAUGCAUUUCUGA